AUAUACCAAUGCGGCAGUCCUGUAAUCCCGUGUACUCUCUUGGCAAAUCCAUCUCCCACAGCGAAGCCCAAAAAAACGUGGCCCAACAUCCAAAAUUCGUGCUCCACAGCCACGCAAGCACGAAGGGCGCAGAACCGCAGAGGGCCAGAGGAACUCAUCGGAAAUAACUCAAAUCCCAACUCUUCGUCCUUCGGCCGCAGAGAAGAACUGAAGAAUCUCUAUUGCUGCAAAAUCACGGUCGGCCCACGGACUCUAGCUGAGUAGGCGGAGUAGCAGCUAAUUCUCGUCUCUCAUCUUUCGAUUGCCAUAGCGUGUAGUGCUCUGCGCGCUAUUGUCGCUCUUCUGUCGCCUCACCGGAAAGCAUUAGCAGUAAAGGGAGGGAUAUGAGUUCUUAUAAUGCUUUUAAAGCAUGUGCUCCCGUAGCAUGGAGCUCGAACCUGUACAUAACUCUUGUAAGAGGAAUCCCGGGCACUAGGAGGCUCCAUAGACGUACCUUAGAAGCACUGCGCCUUGGGAAAUGCAACCGCACUGUGAUGCGUUGGAACACCCCUACCGUCAGGGGAAUGAUCCAGCAGGUGAAAAGGUUGGUAGUUGUAGAAACAGAAGAGAUGUACAAGGCACGUAAAGAGAAAGAAGCUAACCAUCGGGCGUUGCGUCCGCCAUUGGUUAUACAUCAUCCAGCCUCUUCUGCAACCGGUUCCACGUAGUAUCUACCAAAUGGCAAGACUAUAUAUCUUUGUCACCUCAUGCUGUUUCAUUGGUCAAUUAAUUGAUUACUUUGUGUUACAAUUUAUUUUGUUUCAUGUGCAGUGCAGUAAGAUGAUCUUAUAAUAGACAUUUAAGCCGUUUAGACUUUAGAUAUUCAAGGUUUUUGAAGAGUGGAUUUUCUAGCUUAAAUCUUAUGAAAUCAUCCUGGGUUUUUUCUAUGUAACAAGGAGUUACUAUUUCACUGUUUUACCAUGCUGAUUGGCAAUGAAUGAGUCAGAUUGGGAGUUGGUUUUUGGACGGUUUA